UCUAUCUUAUCUCACCAGAGAAUAAUAACUCCAAGACGUAAAGGUUAUGUCAAGUUUGCAUACACGACAGCGCACGACAGAUGCGUUCGAAUUACACACGAAAUUCAGGAUAAUUGCAAUUAAACGUGCUUCGUUUUGAAAGAAGGGGAAAAAAGGCAGUACAAUGUCUUUACGUUUAUAUUCAUUUCUGAGGGGAAUACAGAAAACAUAUAGCAGACAAUUUGGCACGGCUGUCAAAGUAAAAGAUGAGCAAGCCGUUCAAGUAUGCUCAUUUCGUACAACAGAGAGCAAUCCAGUAAAUCACAAUGCAGAUCAUAUUGCCAGAAUGUAUUUGGUGCCGAUGGAUAUUCAGCAACAGCUCUUUCAGUAUGGUGGCUUGCCUCGCUUAUUUUUAAAGCAAGUCACCACUUUUCAAGAAUGUGCGAUAUUAAUCAGGCAACCUGCGAUCGAAAUUAUGUCUUACCUUGGUCAAACCGACCAUACAAAACCUGUCAAUAAAUAUGUAUUAUAUGGAAAACGUGGAACAGGAAAAAGUAUUAUAUUAAGUCAUAUAUUGCAUUAUUCUCUCAUACAGAAAUAUGUACUUGUUCACAUAUAUUGGGCUGCACGUUGGUUUAUUUACAUGAAGGAGGUCGCGACUUCUGUACUAUCCCCUGGUUGUAUAGAUUUACCAAUCGACGCUGGGAUGUGGUUGAAACAGUUCAAAACUCAAAAUUUGAUGUUACUUUCACAAUUAGAUCUCAAAGUAAGUAAAGAUUAUACGUGGAAUCAACGUGAAAUGACCUCGCAAGGUACUCCUAUUUUAGAAUUAAUCGAUUUCGGCAUAAAUCGUAUGAAGUACGCUUGUGGUGUGGUGGACGCGUUGAUACAGGAAUUAAAGCUCGCUAGUACAGCAGGGAAGUGCAAGACAAUGGUCAUAAUAGAUGGAUGGAACGCGUUCACUUCGAAUCACACGGACAUCCUCGACGACAAUAAGGUGAUGGUUCUGCCCAAGCAAGUUACACUGGCAAGACCAUUUUUCGAUUUAACGAAAGACGAUUGGUGUAAUGGUGCAAUUGUACUAACAGUAGAUGAAAGGGCAAAUAAGGAACGACGAGAAUCCCAUCUUCCCAGAUAUUUACUGGGCAAAGAAGGCUUUGAACAUUUGGAUCCCUUCAUACCCAUUUUAGUCGAAAAUUACAAUAUCACAGAAUUCGACUGCAUGAUAGAAUAUUAUAAGGAUCGUAAAUGGAUUAGAAACAUAACACCUAAUGGUCAAAAAGAAUUAGAAUUAAUUACAAACAAACAUCCAUUGACUUUAAUGGAACAUUGUAAAUUCUUGUAAUUGGACAUCGAGAUAUUUAUAAUAAAAUUUCUGAAGCUCUUAGCACAUCUUA